AUGGUCAGGACUCUCUCCAGGCUCACCUCGCCAGCGCAGGGCUGCGGUGAGCAUCCGCCAAGAGGCAACGCUCGGCCCCAGGACGCAGCGGGAAUUGACGUUAAACUUGCAGGGCCGACGGGCCGGCGGCCAGAGGAGGAGGCAAGCACCCGGGGCGCAGCAGCCCUCUCGCUCGCUGCCCGCCGCCCCCUCCCUCCCCUGCACUCGCUCGGCACAGACUCGGCCCCAGCCCCCUCCCUCCUCCCGCUCGCUCUACGCUCGCUCGCUCGCUUGCCGGCUCCUCCUCACUCGCCCGCCCGCGCCCAGCACAGCUCGGCCAGAGAGAUCGCGGGGCUGAGCGCGCGUCCGCCCGGGGGCUCCGGCUGCUGCCCGGCAACCCGCGGCUCCGCGGCUCCAGCAGCAUCCACGAUGCCCGUGGCCCGGCCGCCCGCCGCGGACUCGGCGGAAUCUCGCUGCUCUUUGCUCUGCUCCUCGGACCCCCGGCGGCCGCUCUGGCGGGAGGACACCUUGCGCCUUUUAGUUCAGGCUGCCUCAGGGGACCGGGUUUCAGAACACAUCCCAACCAAGUGUCUGAAGCCGAACUUGGGUGUGGCUUUCGCCUGGAGGCCAGCUGAGGGGUCUCAGGGUUCUCAGAACUUGGCAGGGUUGGGGGGAGUGGGUGGGGAACAGGAGACGGUGUCCUAUCAGCUGUACCUCCCGGAAUAUAGCAGCGUUCGCACGAAAGGCACGCAUGUGACUUUGCCUUAUGCCAUCCGAAACCGGCACUGGAUGGAGGAGAAAGAAAGGAACACGUCACCUUCUUGUUCUGAGCUUGACUCCUCCGUCUUGGAACAUGCACCCCCGGAGGGAGAUGCCAGCCCUUCAGGUACUUACCUUCUGCCCUCAGCAGCACUGAGGGGCACCAUUCUGAGCAAAGAGAGCCUGGAAGAGAGAGUGACAACUGCCCCACUGAUUCCAGCGCAGUCUGGGGAAGAGCUCCACGAGUUGGAGCUGGAAGGGACAGGCCCCUCCGCGCAUCCAGAACCCUCAGCCCUGCCCACGCUGCUUCCGGAAGAGGCCAGCACCAAGCUUGCCUUCCUCCCCAGGAAAAAGCUGCCUUUGCUCAAGCAGGUGAACUCGGCCCGGAAACAACUGAGGCCGAAAGCCACCUCCACAGCAGCCCUCCCGAAGGCAGGGUCCCAGCCUGCAUCCCCACGCCUGGGUGUCCUCUCUUCCGCCACAGAGAAGCCCGGCCCACCGGGGGACCCCGACCCUGUGGCCUCCGCAGGUGAGGAGAUGCUCCGGCUGCCGUCGGAGGAGCCCCUGUGGCUGGACCAGAAGGAAGGUGCGGUCCCCACAACACCUGCACCCCUGCAGAUCUCUCCUUUCACCUCACAACCCUACAUGGCCCACACGCUCCCCCAGAGACCAGACCCUGGGGCACCCGCCAUGCCUGAUGAGGCCCAUGAGGCUCCUGCCGAGGACGCCAGUCCAAUGACCUUGAUGGACAAAGGUGAGAACGAGGUGACCGGGUCAGCCUCAGAGGAGAGCCAGGAGACCACAACGUCCACCAUUAUUACCACCACGGUCAUCACGACGGAACAGGCCCCAGCUCUCUGCAGCGUGAGCCUCUCCGACCCCGAAGGGUACAUCGACUCCAGUGACUACCCACCUCUGCUCCUCAACAACUUCCUGGAGUGUACAUACAACGUGACAGUCUAUACCGGCUACGGGGUGGAGCUCCAGGUGAAGAGUGUGAACCUGUCUGAGGGGGAGCUGCUCUCCAUUCGUGGAGUGGACGGCCCCACCCUGACCAUCCUGGCCAACCAGACACUCCUGGUGGAGGGGCAGGUCAUCCGAAGCCCCACCAACACCAUCUCCGUCUACUUCCGGACCUUCCAGGAUGAUGGCCUUGGGACCUUCCAGCUGCACUACCAGGCCUUCAUUCUGAGCUGCAGCUUUCCUCGCCGGCCCGACUAUGGAGAUGUCACCGUGAUGGACCUGCACUCGGGCGGCGUAGCCCACUUCCACUGCCACCUGGGCUAUGAGCUCCAGGGCGCCAGGACGCUGACGUGCAUCAAUGCCUCUAAGCCCCAUUGGAGCAGCCAGGAACCCGUCUGCUCAGCGCCUUGUGGAGGGAAUGUACACAACGCCACCAUUGGCCGCGUCCUCUCCCCAAGUUACCCUGGAAACGCCAAUGGGAGUCAGUUCUGUGUGUGGACGAUCCAAGCUCCAGAGGGCCAGAAGCUACAUCUGCACUUUGAGAGGCUGUCACUGCAUGAGAAGGACAGGAUGAUGGUCUACAGUGGGCUGACCAACAAGUCCGCUCUUCUCUAUGACUCCCUUCACACCGAAAGCGUCCCCUUCGAGGGCCUGCUGAGCGAGGGCAACAGCAUCCGCAUUGAGUUUACGUCCACCCAGGCCCAGGCGGCCGCAGCCUUCAACAUCCGAUUUGAGGCCUUUGAGAAAGGCCACUGCUAUGAGCCCUACAUCCAGAACGGGAACUUCACCACGUCCGACCUGACCUAUAACAUCGGGACCAUCGUGGAGUUUACCUGCGACCCAGGCCACUCCCUGGAGCAGGGCCCGGCCACCAUCGAGUGCAUCAACGUGCGGGACCCGUACUGGAACGACACAGAGCCCCUGUGCAGAGCCAUGUGUGGCGGAGAGCUCUCUGCCGUGGCUGGGGUGGUGCUCUCCCCAAACUGGCCAGAGCCCUACGUGGAAGGUGAAGAUUGUGUCUGGAAGAUCCACGUAGGGGAGGAGAAACGAAUUUUCUUAGAUAUCCAAUUCCUGAACCUGAGCAACAGUGAUAUCCUGACUAUCUAUGACGGUGAUGAGGUCAUGCCCCAUAUCUUGGGGCAGUACCUUGGGAACAGUGGCCCCCAGAAGCUGUACUCAUCCACGCCAGACCUAACCAUCCAGUUCCACUCGGACCCUGCCGGUCUCAUCUUUGGAAAGGGCCAAGGAUUUAUCAUGAACUACAUUGAAGUGUCAAGGAAUGACUCCUGCUCAGAUCUGCCUGAGAUCCAGAAUGGUUGGAAAACCACUUCUCAUACAGAGCUUGUGAGGGGUGCCAGAAUCACCUACCAGUGUGACCCCGGCUAUGACAUCGUGGGAAGCGACACCCUCACCUGUCAGUGGGACCUCAGCUGGAGCAGCGACCCCCCGUUUUGUGAGAAAAUUAUGUACUGCACUGACCCCGGAGAAGUGGACCACUCGACCCGCCUAAUUUCGGAUCCUGUGCUGCUGGUGGGUACCACCAUCCAGUAUACCUGCAACCCCGGCUUUGUGCUGGAGGGGAGCUCGCUUCUGACCUGCUACAGCCGCGAGACGGGCACUCCCAUCUGGACAUCCCGCCUGCCCCACUGUGUCUCGGAAGAGUCCCUGGCAUGUGACAACCCCGGGUUACCUGAAAACGGGUACCAAAUCCUAUACAAGCGACUCUACCUGCCAGGAGAGUCCCUCACCUUCAUGUGUUACGAGGGCUUUGAGCUCAUGGGCGAAGUGACCAUUCGGUGCAUCCUGGGACAGCCAUCGCACUGGAACGGGCCCCUACCUGUUUGUAAAGUUAAUCAAGACAGCUUUGAACACGCUUUAGAAGUAGCAGAAGCGGCAGCGGAGACAUCCCUGGAAGGGGGAAACAUGGCACUGGCUAUCUUCAUCCCCGUUCUCCUCAUUUCCUUGCUGCUGGGAGGAGCCUAUAUUUACAUCACCAGAUGUCGCUAUUACUCCAACCUCCGCCUUCCCCUGAUGUACUCUCACCCCUACAGCCAGAUCACCGUGGAAACUGAAUUUGACAACCCCAUUUAUGAGACAGGGGAAACCAGAGAGUAUGAAGUUUCUAUUUAAAGAGAGCUACACUUGAGACGGGAACUUCCAGACGUGAACUCAGCUACAACCUCCUCGAGAAAUUCAUCCAGAGACCAUACGGCAUUUGAUUGAAAACCCCCGGAGUGUCGGCUGUUGUCUUUUCUUUAGACUCUUUCUUGAAGACUUACUGUUUUCUUCACUGUAUUUAUUAUAUUUAAAACUGAAAUAGGUGUGGUUGGAUGUAUUGCAGUGGCAGUUAGAUUCGUGUUACAGCCUCAGUGCGGAAGGCAGGUGGAAGACCUGCAAAACGGCAAACAUAGCAGCAGAAAGAAAAAGCAAAAAAAGAAAGAAAAAAAAAAGGCAAAAAAACAGGUUGAAUUUCUCCCCCCGGCAGUGCCAUGCUAUGGCUGCACCAAAUUGCAUGCAUCUUUGAGAUCCAGGCCCUGGUGUUUUUAGUACAGCUCUAAAUCCCCAGAUUAGGUUGGAUUAACUUGCGUUGGAAUUGCGCAUGGAUACUUAACCAGGUCUGCUCCCAAACAAAUCCUGUGUUCACUCCUCCGAUUUUCCCAAGUCCUAAAAGGUCUUGCCAUAUCCCCGCCACGUCCCGUGGUCCUUCUGAAGGCAACAAAGGUGUUGUGUAAACAUUCUGUUCAACCCUUCUGUCCUCACUGGACACUGGCAAAAUAAGAAAAUGUUUUCUUUCUAGAACGGUGAUAAAUGUCAAAGAAAAAUUUUCAGAGAGGAUGAGAGAUUUGGGAGUUCCGGUAAAGAACUACGGAAGGGGGAACACUGGGUGAGGUAAUCAAUUUACUAAAAUGUUCUUUUCCUUGACACUCCUACAAUGACGAAGGAGCAGGUAAUUUAUGUUACAAGUGCCAGAAUCGAUCACCUUGUUCAGCAAAGCCACCCUCGAGCUGUGACAAUAUAUCCACAGCUUUGCCCAUAGAGUUAUAAGGGUUUGUGUUGCAGGGGUGAAAUGUCCUGAAAUCCAGGGGUAAGCUGUUUUUCUCCUGGGGUGCUGGAAUGUCUGAGCCUUCAAAAUAGGGGAGAUUCAAGUGCACUGUUUCUCUGAAAGGUGUCACCUUCAGGCUAUACUUGCAAUCAAGUAUUUCGGCGGGAAGGGUCCUAUGAGAAGCAACUGCUUUUCUGUUCUCUGAAGCUCUGCCCAGAUGUUGGUCAGUGGCAUGAAAGCUGACCGUGGAAAUACAGAGAAACAGGAACAGGGGAAUUAAAACCACAAAGGAAUCUGCAUUAUACGGUUCAAACACCAAUGCGGAGAGAAGGAGGAAUUUCACGCCAGAAAGGAAAUCAUAGCACCUUAUUUAUCAUGUGAGCGUCCUUAUAUUUUAUCAGGGUCCUUACAUCCCAACUCAGUGGGACUGGUAAGUAUGUGACUAACAACGAAGAUUCUUUUCUAAAGACAGGUAUAAAGAAAAGGCAGGGGACGAGGAUGCAUGGAAGGAAUAGUACAUGCAAGGCAGGUUCACCUCCCUCAGACUGUCAGCCACCUCCCCAGUGACAGCCGAUGGUUCAGAGAAGCACACAGGCUCAGUGGUCCUCUUUGGCACCCUCCCACGCUCCCUAGAAUUCUGUUAAAUUGGCCGGCUUUCAAACAAGAAAAGACCUUUCUGGCUGCCAUGCCACUGGGAGAAUGGCUGGGUGUCUAUAUUUUGGAAGCGUCUGAAACAGCAUAAGGCAGUUGGCUUUGCACACACGCACAUACCUUCCUCCCAGCCAGGAGCUUGGACUUCAUUCAGUCUUGAGGUCUAAGGCUGAAAUAAUUUCCUUCUGCCAGAAAGGAAUCCUGCAUAUAUGCUCCCUAAGGCAUUCAUGCGUGACGCACAGCGAGAGAUAAUUAAAAGCUGUUUUCCAGCCACCCAGAGCCCACCCCAUUUUCUGAAAGAACCAGAGGAGAAACAUUCCAGAUCAUUAGUGAACAAUGUCAUGUUUGGAGAAAGAUCAACAAUGCAAAUUAAUGUAACCUUUUUUGAAAAGGCAGAAUCCAAUCUUUGCUUUUAUUUCUGUUUGAUGCUUAUUCUAACCCGAACUCUGAGGCAUCUGGAAAGAAGAACUCUAUUACUGAUACCUAAUUUUAGAACAUACUGUGGUUCUGUGAAAACUAAACAUUUGCCUUUCGUAAAGACUGACAAAAUAUAAAAUCUUUAUUCUAACCCUAUCCCCUAAAACUGGCCAGGCCAUGGCCCAGGAAUUCUUAUUGGUUAUUGGAGGGAUAGAAAAGGUGUUGAUUUUUUUUUCCAGAAUACCAAUGAUGUCUUAGUUCUGUCUAGUAGUACAGCACCUGUAAUCAUGUUUUAAAAGUUUGUUUUAGCCUAAAGAUGGACCAUGCAAGCUUGACAAUGUACAGUGUGACUGAAAAAAGACAGGUUGGGGUCUCAUUUUCUUUUUAAGAUAUCUGAAUGUGUAUUUGUAACAUGUAAAGGUAAAGAAAUAAUAAUAGUGCCAAAAAUGUACCAGGCAUCUCAUUUCAGUUCAUACAUGUCUGUUUUUAUAAGACCAAUAUUAAAACCCAUUGGGAUUAAAUAUUUUUGAACAGGAUACAAUCCUGAGAAACUCGAGACACGGACUGAACCUUCCUACAAACCACUCUUUGUUUUUAAAACAGUGGGGAAAUACGUUUACAGAGAUUUUGAGCUUCAAAGAAUGCAUGUGAUGGCGUGUAUUACAUGCUAAUUCGUAUAUGCUGGAUCUAUCAGCAAUUGCCCUGUGCUUUGAAAAUGCACACACCGGACCCUCUUCAGCUUGGAGCUCAUCUUUUUGCUUUUAUGAUGAGGGGAGUAGAAUUAUUUAGCCAACAUAAGUAUUCUGGUCGCUCCUUGAUGGCCGUCCUUACUUAGUUCCAUAGACAUGCUUUAAAUAUGAUCUUUUUGAAGUCAGUUCCUUGGAGAGCCUACGGAACCUCAGGCUGAUAGCUUUGGAAAUUGCCAAACAGCCCUGCAGGAAAUAAAGUGGCUACAUCAUCAGGAUGGUUGUGUAAAUGGAAGUGACAAAGCAAAUAUAUGGGUAGAUUUAGACUGAGCGUGAGCCUUGGGCAAAAACGACCUUUCUUUGGGGUAAGUCCAAAGAGUAUGACUUUUCUAUGCCCUUGAGUGGUUAUGGCGGGUCAUAAGAGGUCAGAUAGUAUGGAUUGUUCAGCACCCCUAAAGGCAGGCUGUCUCCUGGGAAGUUUUCAUUUCCAUUUUAUCUCCAAACAGAAUCAAAAGCAAAACCAACUUUGUAAGCUAGAAUAAUGAAAUGAAGUCAUUUUCCACUUUGUAUAUAUUGAUGCUAAUAAAAGAAAUGA